AUGGACGUCCACACCCGCUGGAAAGCGCGCAGCCCGCUCCGCCCGGGCGCCCCGCUGCUGUCCCCGCCGCCGCCGCUGCUGCUGCUGCUGCUGCUGCUGCUGCUGUGGGCGCCGCCUCCGAGCCGCGCAGCUCAGCCAGCAGAUCUCCUGAAAGUUCUAGAUUUUCACAACCUGCCUGAUGGAAUAACCAAGACCACAGGCUUCUGUGCGGCGCGGCGAUCUUCCAAAGGCCCGGAUGUCGCCUACAGAGUCACGAAAGAUGCCCAGCUCAGCGCGCCCACCAAGCAGCUGUACCCUGCAUCUGCGUUUCCCGAGGACUUCUCCAUCCUAACCACUGUGAAAGCCAAGAAAGGCAGCCAGGCCUUCCUGGUCUCCAUCUACAAUGAGCAGGGCAUCCAGCAGAUCGGCCUGGAGAUGGGCCGCUCUCCAGUCUUCCUCUACGAGGACCACACGGGGAAACCGGGGCCAGAGGACUACCCCCUCUUCAGAGGCAUCAACCUGUCGGAUGGCAAGUGGCACAGAAUCGCUCUCAGCGUCCACAAGAAGAAUGUCACCUUGAUCCUGGACUGUAAAAAGAAGACGACCAAGUUCCUGGACCGCAGCGACCGCCCUGUGAUAGACGUCAAUGGCAUCAUCGUGUUCGGCACCCGGAUUCUGGAUGAGGAAGUGUUUGAGGGGGACAUCCAGCAGCUGCUGUUCGUCUCGGACCACCGGGCGGCUUACGAUUACUGCGAGCACUACAGCCCCGACUGUGACACCGCCGUCCCCGACAAACCCCAGUCUCAGGACCCCAACCCCGACGAAUACUACCCCGACGGAGACAAUGAAGGGGACACCUAUUACUACGAGUACCCCUACUACGAGGACACGGACGACACAGGCAAGGACCCCGUCCCCACCAAGACGCCCGUGGAAGCGGCUCGAGAGACCACGGAGGUGGCCGAGGAGCUGACCCAGCCCCCGACGGAAGCCCCUUCGGCGCCCGACACCACCGUGGGCCCCGGGAAGGAGGAGGAGGACCCCGGCAUCGGGGAGUACGACUAUGUGCCCAGCGAAGACUACUACACGCCACCCCCUUACGAGGACUUCGGCUACGGCGAAGGCAUCGAGAACCCUGACGAGAACCCCGACGAGAACCCCGACCAGAGCCCCGACCAGGGCGCCCGGGCCGAGGUGCCCACCAGCACGGUCCUCACCUCCAACGGCUCCAACCCGGCCCCGCCUCCGGAGGAGGGGAUGGACGAUCUGGAGGGAGAGUUCACGGAAGAAACCAUCAAGAACCUGGACGAGAGCUACUACGACCCAUACUACGACCCCACCAUCUCCCCCUCGGAGAUCGGGCCAGGCAUGCCCGCCAACCAGGACACCAUCUACGAGGGGAUCGGAGGGCCUCGGGGCGAGAAAGGUCAAAAAGGAGAACCCGCCAUCAUCGAACCGGGCAUGCUUCUGGAGGGGCCGCCCGGCCCCGAAGGCCCCGCGGGUCUCCCAGGACCUCCAGGAACGAUGGGUCCCACAGGCCAAGUGGGUGACCCUGGAGAAAGGGGUCCCCCUGGACGCCCAGGCCUUCCUGGCGCUGACGGGCUGCCCGGCCCUCCUGGAACCAUGCUAAUGCUGCCUUUCCGCUUUGGAGGGGGCGGUGAUGCAGGCUCCAAAGGACCUAUGGUCUCCGCACAGGAGUCCCAAGCUCAAGCCAUCCUGCAGCAGGCGCGGCUGGCGCUGAGGGGGCCUGCUGGCCCGAUGGGUCUCACUGGGAGACCGGGUCCCAUGGGCCCUCCCGGGAGCGGAGGUCUGAAGGGCGAGCCAGGAGACAUGGGGCCUCAGGGUCCGAGGGGCGUGCAGGGCCCGCCUGGCCCGGCAGGAAAGCCUGGGAGAAGGGGCCGAGCCGGCAGUGACGGGGCAAGAGGGAUGCCGGGACAGACUGGCCCUAAGGGUGACCGUGGCUUCGAUGGCCUGGCGGGGCUGCCGGGGGAGAAGGGCCACCGGGGCGACCCUGGCCCGUCUGGCCCACCGGGACCUCCGGGGGAAGAUGGAGAAAGGGGCGACGAUGGAGAGGUUGGGCCCAGAGGGCUGCCCGGGGAGCCUGGGCCGCGAGGUCUGCUGGGGCCGAAGGGGCCCCCAGGCCCUCCUGGACCUCCCGGUGUGACGGGGAUGGACGGUCAGCCAGGCCCGAAAGGCAACGUGGGUCCCCAGGGAGAGCCCGGCCCCCCGGGGCAGCAGGGCAACCCAGGUGCCCAGGGUCUUCCAGGCCCCCAGGGUGCAAUCGGGCCUCCAGGAGAAAAGGGUCCCCUGGGCAAACCUGGCCUCCCAGGAAUGCCCGGUGCUGACGGACCCCCGGGGCACCCUGGCAAAGAAGGCCCUCCAGGAGAGAAGGGGGGGCAGGGUCCGCCCGGCCCCCAGGGUCCAAUCGGCUACCCGGGUCCUCGCGGAGUCAAGGGGGCAGACGGCAUCCGAGGCCUGAAGGGCACCAAGGGUGAGAAGGGUGAAGACGGCUUCCCGGGCUUCAAAGGAGACAUGGGCAUCAAGGGUGAUCGGGGAGAGAUUGGCCCACCUGGUCCCAGAGGGGAGGACGGUCCUGAAGGCCCCAAGGGGCGAGGUGGUCCGAACGGCGACCCGGGUCCUCUGGGACCCCCUGGGGAGAAGGGCAAACUCGGAGUCCCAGGACUGCCAGGCUACCCAGGAAGACAGGGGCCAAAGGGUUCCAUCGGAUUUCCUGGAUUUCCUGGCGCCAACGGAGAAAAGGGCGGCAGGGGCACCCCUGGGAAGCCGGGACCACGGGGGCAGCGAGGCCCGACGGGCCCACGAGGUGAAAGAGGCCCGCGGGGCAUCACCGGGAAGCCUGGCCCUAAGGGCAACUCUGGAGGUGAUGGCCCGGCCGGUCCUCCAGGUGAACGGGGACCCAACGGACCCCAAGGACCCACGGGGUUCCCUGGACCAAAGGGCCCCCCGGGGCCCCCAGGCAAGGACGGGCUCCCGGGACACCCCGGACAGCGAGGCGAGACGGGUUUCCAAGGCAAGACCGGCCCUCCAGGCCCCCCCGGUGUGGUCGGCCCUCAGGGUCCCACUGGGGAAACUGGUCCCAUGGGCGAGCGUGGCCACCCUGGGCCCCCGGGCCCCCCCGGUGAACAGGGGCUCCCGGGCCUGGCCGGGAAAGAAGGGACAAAGGGUGACCCUGGCCCUGCCGGCCUUCCUGGGAAAGAUGGUCCCCCCGGGCUGCGAGGCUUCCCUGGAGACCGAGGACUUCCUGGUCCAGUGGGGGCGCUUGGACUGAAAGGCAGUGAAGGCCCCCCCGGCCCACCAGGCCCCGCGGGAUCUCCAGGGGAGAGAGGCCCAGCCGGUGCUGCCGGGCCCAUCGGAAUUCCAGGGAGACCCGGCCCCCAGGGGCCCCCCGGGCCGGCUGGGGAGAAAGGCGCGCCUGGCGAGAAAGGUCCACAAGGCCCAGCUGGCCGAGACGGUCUGCAGGGUCCCGUGGGGCUCCCUGGUCCCGCUGGCCCUGUGGGCCCCCCUGGUGAAGACGGAGACAAGGGAGAGAUUGGGGAGCCGGGACAGAAGGGGAGCAAGGGAGACAAAGGCGAACAGGGUCCCCCAGGGCCUACAGGACCCCAAGGCCCCAUUGGACAGCCAGGCCCCUCCGGAGCCGACGGCGAGCCGGGACCUCGGGGCCAGCAGGGCCUCUUUGGGCAGAAAGGCGACGAAGGUCCGAGAGGUUUCCCUGGGCCUCCGGGCCCCGUGGGGCUGCAGGGUCUGCCAGGACCUCCCGGAGAGAAGGGCGAGACGGGCGACGUGGGUCAGAUGGGUCCGCCAGGUCCCCCCGGCCCCCGAGGACCCUCCGGAGCUCCAGGUGCGGACGGGCCGCAAGGACCCCCCGGCGGAAUAGGCAACCCCGGAGCCGUGGGAGAGAAGGGUGAACCUGGUGAAGCAGGAGAGCCUGGCCUUCCAGGUGAAGGGGGCCCCCCGGGCCCCAAAGGCGAAAGGGGGGAGAAGGGCGAGUCAGGCCCCUCCGGUGCCGCUGGACCCCCCGGGCCCAAGGGCCCUCCCGGAGACGACGGUCCCAAAGGCAGCCCUGGCCCCGUUGGCUUUCCCGGAGAUCCCGGUCCCCCUGGAGAACCCGGCCCUGCGGGUCAAGAUGGUCCCCCUGGCGACAAAGGAGAUGAUGGUGAACCCGGGCAAACGGGAUCACCAGGCCCUACGGGUGAGCCAGGCCCAUCUGGGCCUCCAGGAAAAAGGGGUCCACCCGGCCCCGCCGGUCCUGAAGGCAGGCAGGGGGAGAAAGGAGCCAAGGGAGAAGCUGGCUUGGAAGGCCCUCCUGGGAAGACUGGCCCCAUCGGCCCCCAGGGGGCCCCCGGGAAGCCUGGGCCUGAUGGCCUUCGAGGGAUCCCCGGCCCAGUGGGUGAACAAGGUCUUCCCGGAGCCCCAGGACCCGAUGGCCCCCCGGGACCCAUGGGCCCCCCAGGACUCCCCGGCCUCAAAGGAGACUCUGGACCCAAAGGGGAAAAGGGUCACCCAGGCUUGAUCGGGCUCAUCGGACCUCCGGGUGAACAGGGAGAAAAGGGUGACCGCGGUCUCCCUGGCCCCCAGGGCUCCUCGGGCCCUAAGGGAGAACAGGGCAUCACCGGUCCUUCUGGCCCGAUUGGCCCCCCAGGCCCCCCUGGCCUGCCGGGCCCCCCUGGUCCAAAAGGUGCUAAGGGCUCCUCGGGUCCAACUGGCCCGAAGGGUGAGGCAGGCCAGCCAGGACCCCCUGGCCCACCGGGCCCCCCGGGCGAGGUCAUCCAGCCCCUGCCGAUCCAGGCGUCCAGGACCCGGAGGAACAUCGACGCCAGCCAGCUGAUGGACGAUGCGGAGGGCGAGCAGUACAUGGACUAUGCGGACGGCAUGGAGGAGAUCUUCGGCUCACUCAACUCCCUGAAGCUGGAGAUCGAGCAGAUGAAGAGGCCGCUGGGCACGCCACAGAACCCCGCACGCACCUGCAAGGACCUCCAGCUCUGCCACCCUGACUUCCCCGACGGUGAAUACUGGGUGGAUCCGAACCAAGGCUGCUCCCGGGACUCCUUCAAGGUCUACUGCAACUUCACGGCCGGGGGGUCAACGUGCGUCUUCCCCGACAAGAAGUCCGAGGGGGCCAGAAUCACUUCUUGGCCCAAAGAAAACCCGGGUUCCUGGUUCAGUGAAUUCAAGCGUGGCAAACUGCUCUCCUACGUGGACGCCGAGGGCAACCCCGUGGGCGUGGUCCAGAUGACCUUCCUGCGGCUGCUCAGCGCCUCCGCCCACCAGAACAUCACCUAUAAUUGCUACCAGUCGGUGGCCUGGCAGGACGCCGCCACAGGUAGCUACGACAAGGCCAUGCGCUUCCUGGGCUCCAACGACGAGGAGAUGUCGUACGACAACAGCCCCUACAUCCGCGCCCUGGUGGACGGCUGCGCCACGAAAAAAGGGUAUCAGAAGACAGUUCUGGAGAUCGACACCCCCAAGGUGGAGCAGCUACCCAUCGUAGACAUCAUGUUCAACGACUUCGGUGAAGCGUCACAGAAAUUCGGAUUUGAAGUGGGGCCGGCUUGCUUCCUGGGCUAG